UGCUCGUUGGUUCCUUGUCAAAUGUCUAAUGUAAACAAGCUUUAAAGUAAACCGAGUGUGAACACAUUUAGGUUAGAAAGUGGGGUUUUAAAAAUACAUUAUUGUUUGAUUAUUAUUGUAAAUGCCACUGCUGGUUAAUGGGGUUCUGGUAAGGAGAUUUUCCCCAAAUUCUAGCAAAGGUAAGUUUUGUAUAGUAGGUGUUUGGAAAGCAGUGCAUUCCUUUGCACUAGUGGACAAGCUGUAUAUGAAAGUUAAAAUGUGUGUUUUAUUUAUAUAUAAACGUGGCUUUUAAAAGCAAUUGAACUCAAAACGUGUAUAUUAAUAGAUCUAACUCUAGUCUGACUGGUAAAGUAACUUUAAACAACUCCAGAUGUCUUAUUUCUCAGAUCAGGUUUGUGCAUUGGAUUGGAUUGGAUUUGGUCUUUAGAUCACUAAAAAAUUACCUAAAGUACUCAAGCAGAGUGAAAAGAAAGAAAGAAUUAUUUACUAAUCUGAUAAAUAAUGCUCACUAAAAAUAUAUUAUUCAUUAUAAUUAUAAAUAAUAACAGGAAUUAAUCUCUGUGCUCAAAGCAGAAUACAAGAACGUCUCAUCUUAUCGUGUCUCCUGUUUUGAUCAUGCUUUGAGCUUAAAGGUGUAACUGUAGACUUAGAAGAUUAUUAUGAACAUGCAUCUUUAUUAUAUGAAAUCAGGUUUAUUAGUGUACAUGUGACCUCAACAUCUGCACAUUUUAUUUCAGUUUAAGUGGGUGUUAAAAUCAGUACAUGUUGAGAAAUAUAUAAAAAAAAAAACCUAGCAGAGUUUUUUAGGGUAAAUGUUCAGUUUUGUUGACAGUUUUGUUUUUGUGAUGUCAUCAAGAAGUGUUGCAGUAUUUAUGGCAAAAGGCUUUGGCAGAGGAAACAUGAUAGCAGCAAUAAAAGCUGCUCUAGUUGCUUUUGAAUACUAUGCAGUUAAAGAGAAAAAUUGUGCAUCAUAAAUACACCAACACUUAAAGCCAACAUCUAACAUGGGACGUCAAUGUGAUUAAUUAUUUUAUGCACUAUUUUAUUUUGCCUGUGAAACUAUUUUGGACCCUGGUGAGUUUUUCAGAGCAAUAAUCAUUUUUAGAGCAAGAGGUUUACAGCCAGUUUGUUAUUUACAUAAUGUAUAUCUAUCUCCUGAGCUAUAGUGAAGUGAGUUUACUAUGAAAGAUGCAUUUGUGGUUACAUUUACUCUCUCUUGGUGAAACCUGACCUGUAAAUUUGCAAGCCUCUUUGUUUUGGGUCAAUAGAAAACUGCAGCCAUAAAAUAUUGUAUAAAUAAUAAUAAUAAUAAUAAUAAUAAUAAUAAUAAUGUCAUGAAAUGAUUUAAUGUAAAUUAGACAUUCAUUAUUCAUAUUUGUUAAAGUUAUUGUUAUUUUUACUGUCUACUACAGUUUAUUGGGCAUGAAAUGAAAAAGAAUAUGUUACUUUUGCCUUUAAAUAGUGGGUAUUUACAUCUAAACUAGAUGAACGGUGGAUGUAUUACAGCAACUGCAUUUCAUGUUUUGAGGUGUGGAAAAAUGAACUAUUGGGUACUUUUCAAAAACUUUGUCAUUGUGUGUUUAUGUACACAUGCAUCAGCCUCAUGUGAGGUAGAUCCUCAGGAUCGACUCUGUCUCACUUGAUCUAGGAGCUAAGAUCUCAUUCUACUUUGCUUGAUUGGUCCAACAGGUCCAAUCUACCAAUCCUGAUAAAACCCCAGCCUCAGCCACACUCUUAAAACCUAAAUCAGAAGAGUGUAAAAGUUGGAAUGUCCAAUUUCCUCCACAUGUGCGUGUGCAUGGCCCAUAGCUACUUUGACAAAUUGUGCUGGCUAGACAACUGGGUCAGAGCAUCUCUGAAACUGUAGGAUUUUAAGGGGUGUUCCGGGUAUGCAGUGGUUAUUACGUACAAAAAGUGGUCCAAGGAAGGACAACCAGUGAACCAACAACAGGGUCCUGGGCACCCAAGGUUCAGUGAUGUGCGAGGGGAAUGAAAGUUUAUUUUGACAUGUACCACCUUCUUCAACAUUGCUGCAGAUCAAGUCCACACCUUCACAGCAACGGUAUUCCCUAAUGGCAGUGGUCUCUUUCAACAGGAUCAUGGUGUCUGCCACACUGCAAAAAUGUUCAGGAUUGGUUCGAUCAGAGUGUUAAUUUGCCCAGAACUCAGUUUGAUUGAGUAUCUGUGGGAUUUGCUGGACAAACAAGAUCCAUGGAGGUCCCACUUCACAAUUUACAGGACGUAACAGAUCUGCUGCUAAUGUCUUGGUGUCAGAUUCCAGAGCACAGCUUUAGAGGCAUUGUAGAGUACAGACAGAGAGACAGACAGACAGACAGAUAGAGCUAUUGAUAUAAUUGAGAGAUAUAAAUAUAGAUAUAAAGAUACGUAUACAGUAUAAGGUAUAUAGGAGAUAUAUAGGAUAGAUUAGGGUACAUGGAACAAAAGAUUUUGCAGUUCCAUCUUUCACACUACAUGGAUUCCAGAGAUGCGUUCUUGCUCUUUCAGCCUCAAGAGAAAGAGAAAAGAAGAGGCUUUAAGCCGAGGUAAGCUGACUGGCUCACUCCAUAACUUGUAGCUUUACAAUCUUUUAACAUUAGUUAUUUAACUAAGUGUUUUGGGAAGUAAUUCCAGUUACUAGCUUUUUUGGAUUGUUUGUAAGUUUGAUCAGGAUUCACUUUGAGCUCCACUCACCUUUACUGGAGGUGCAGGCUCUCUUUAAAACAUGUAAUGUUAGGGAUCAUUCCAGGAUUUGCAGGUUAUCAAGAUAAUUUGGUGGUUCAAAUAUAAUUAUUAGAAGAAAUCAAAGAUCAGGUAACCUAGUGACAUACAAGAACCCUGCUGAAAGGCAGGUAUAAUGUAUUUAAGCCUAUAUACACCUCCAGUGUUAAGCAAGCAUGAAAGGUGAUGAGCGAUUAGUCACUUGGUGUGUGUGUGUUUUGUUUGUGUGGUUUGUGUGUGUUUGCGUGUGUGUGUUUGUGUGUGUGUAUGUUUGUGUGUGUUUGUGCUUGUGCGUGUUUGUGUGUGUCUGUGUGUUUGUGUGUGUGUGCAGUCUUAAUGCUACAAGUUUCUUUGUCAUUAUGGGCUAAAAACAAAAUGCAGUGCGUUUAUAUUUAUUUAUUUGUGUUAUUUAUUUAUUUUUAAACCUGUCUAGUUCUAUUUGUAAGAGAAAUUAAAAUGCAUUUCUUGAUGCAACAUGAUUAUUACAUGUUGCAUUUCUUACCCUGUGUCUGUUGCAACCAAUUCACACUAAGUUUUAUGCCCCGUUUUUUUUUUUUUGUUUGUUUUGUUUAGUUUUUUUCCUCCAGUACUUGACUUCAUUUCAAUGUAAUACCAGGACUAUAAUCGACAUCUCCAAUGCCACCAUCUAAUGAGCUUCAUGUCACUAUUUGCCCAAAAGGGAAACGCCCUAAGCCUAUUUGUAUUGGCUCAGGCAAGUAUAAAUGCCAGUUCUGCAGCAGGAUGGGGGAGUAUGCUGCACUUGUAGCUCACAUACAAACUCAUGAGAAAACAGCGAUUGAAUUUCAAGAGAAAAAAAUCUACAAAUGCAACCUAGGAUGCAGUAAAAGCAGCCACUACCAUUGUUGCUGCUGCAAGAGGACUAUAAUCUCACGAAAUUACUUUACAGAACAUAUACACAAGUGUGCAUUAUCUUUAAACAUGCAGCUGCAUGCACCGUGUAGUUCUUCACUGGUCCCCAGCACAACAACUGCAUCUUCUAAUGGAUUUACAUCACCGAUCAACACCUCGGUCCCUAUAUGCAGUGACAGUAAUGGCUCGGACCCUCAGUGCAGCGAAGACGGUGCCACAGGGAGCCUGAACGUCCUUGAUAUUAAAGUCAAGUCUCCCAGUCCUCCAUCUUCACCUACUUCUUUGACUGCCCCAGUUCCACCCUUUAACUGUCAGGAUAUUCUUAUGUCUGUGAACCCAAUGCAUAAUAUCUGCACUGGGAGCCUCAAAGUACUGACAUCAAGACCCAAACGAAUCACAUGUUGCUUCUGCAAUUUAAUUCUGAAUAAGAAAAACAUCAAAGUACAUAUUCAAAGACGGCACAUGUCGGAUAAUCCAGACUUACUGCAAACGAACGGAAUAAACCAUACACCUGUUACCUCUGGCAACAUGGAGGACCUGGUAGCAGAAGGUAUUACACUUAAGAUGCUUAAUGACGCUCGGGAGACGGUCAUGAGCAGCCCUUUGGGAGUAAUCAAAACACCCAUGAUCCUCUUGAGCCAGACCACACUGCCGCUCCAGGUGCCCUGUAAUGCUUAUCUGAAGUUGGAGAACAUGCAAAGAACAGGAUCAUUUAAGAUUAGAGGUGUAGCAAAUCAGUUUGCUCGAAGAUCCAGGGGGGACCAUUUUGUCACAAUGUCUGCUGGGAAUUAUGGGAAGUCCUUUGCUUAUGCCUCUAAACACUACGGAACUAAAGGCAAAGUGGUGAUGCCUGAAACGGCUCCUAUCUCCAGAUCUCUUCUAAUACAAAGUUUUGGCAUCGAGGUUGAACGAGUGCCCACCACGUGUCUUUUGGAUGUUGUCCAUCGAUGCGUUCAAGAGGAAAAAAUGACUUUUCUUCAUUCCUACAAUGAUCUGGAUCUCAUAGCAGGACAUGCCAGUCUGGGGUUUGAGAUCCUGGAGAUGCUUCCUAAUCCUGAUGUGGUAGUGGUGUGCUGCGGUGGAGGGGGUUUACUGGCCGGAGUAGCAGCAGUCAUUAAGCUUUCAGGUUGUGAGGAUACAAGAAUUUAUGGAGUGGAACCAGAAGGAGCAUGCACCAUGUACAAAAGCUUCAUUGAGAAAAAACCUGUUGGCAUGGACAGCAAAAGCGUUGCCUCUGGUCUUGCACCACCCUUUGCAGGUGCCCUGCCAUAUGCCAUGUGUCAGAAGUACGUGGAGGAGAUCGUGUUGGUGACUGAUGAUGAAAUCAGGUCUGCCGUUUCUGCUCUCUACAAAGCCGGCCUAGUCGUAGAACCCUCAGGAUCUGCUGCCUUUGCUGCCCUCAUUAACAGCAAAAUACCAGACGUUAUUGGCAAGAAUGUUGUGGUAAUACUGAGUGGAGGAAACGUCGGCAAAGAUGAACUUACCAGCUUUCCAGACUGAUUUAUACACAGCACCUGUCAUAUUUAGCUUGUUGUAUUAUCUGUUGAAAUAUUUUUGGGCUGUGGAUGAAGACCAAACAGAUCAUCAUCCUUAUUUUUCAUAAUGGAAAACACUAAAAUCAAAUAAUUUUGUUGCAUAAUAAAAUAAAUAGUUUUCAUA